UGUUAUGGGAGACAGUGUCAAAAGCCUUGCUGGAAUCAAGGGGCUCCCUCCAGCGACGUCAUCCUCGUCUCUGCCAUCAUCACCAUCAGCCUUAGCGUCACCAUUGUCCUUUGUGGGAUCUGCCAGUGGUGCCAACGUAAAUUGGGUAAGCGUUACAAGACGUCCCUGGAGACUGUGGGUACACCAGACUCCAGUCGAGGCCGCAGUGAAAAGAAAACCAUCAAUGAUCUAGACAGAGACUUUUGGAAUAACAAUGACAACACAGUGCAGCAGAAAUGGAGCUCCUACCCUCCCAAGGAAUUUAUCCUAAACAUUUCACCCUACGCCCCGUAUGGUGAUCCACGGCUUUCCCUCAAUGGCUCUCUGUUGUCAGGGGCCAAGCUGACAGCAUCGGCUGCGGCAGGGCUGGCAGCUGAGAGGGACAGCCGCCCCGGCGAGAAGCAGCGCCUCAGCGAGGACGGCAUGAAGAGCAGCAUCUCUGCCCACAGCGAGCCUGGCGUGGGAAAGGCGGGCCGAGGCCGCUGGCACACAGUGCAGAGCCACUUGGCCGCAGGGAAGCUCAGCCUCUCCAAUUUCGAGGACUCCACCUUGUCCACAGCCACUACCCUUGAGUAUAUCCCCACCUCAGCAGGCGACCCCAAAUGCCAGAGGCCCCGCACGCUUAUACGCCAGCAAAGUCUGCAACAGCCCCUCAGCCAGCAUCAGCGGGCCAACCACAACCAGCCCACCACCAGCCAGAGCCUGGGCCACCUCCAGGCCCACAGCAGCUCUGGCUCCAGCACCAGCAACCCCCGGGGCUACCGCAGUGGCCAGGCACGCCAAGGCAUCGCUGCUGGCUCCAAGCAUCGGACAGCAGGUGGCCGGAGCCGCUCCAAUCCUGGCAGCUGGGACCAUGUGGUGGGGCAAAUUCGGAACCGAGGCUUGGACAUGAAGUCUUUUCUGGAAGGCCGGAUGGUUGUGCUAUCCCUGGUUUUGGGACUCUCAGAGCAAGAUGACUUUGCCAAUAUCCCUGACCUGCAGCCCACUGGGACAGAGCCGAACCAGCCGAACGCUCAGGGGGACAAGAGGUUACCAGCUGGUGGAAAGGCAGCAAACACAGCCCCAGUGCCUGGGCAGACCCAGCAGCAUGAUGAGUCUGACCGGAAGACUGAGCCACGCUCCUCUGUCUCAGAUCUCGUCAACUCACUGACCAGCGAGAUGCUCAUGCUCUCCCCAGGCUCUGAGGAUGAUGAAGGACAUGACAGCUCCAGCCGGGAGAACCUGGGCCGCAUCCAGUUCAGCGUUGGCUACAACUUUCAGGAGUCUACUCUCACUGUCAAGAUCAUGAAGGCCCAGGAGCUGCCAGCCAAAGACUUCAGUGGCACUAGUGACCCCUUUGUUAAGAUCUACCUGCUCCCAGAUAAGAAGCACAAGUUGGAGACCAAGGUGAAGCGGAAGAACCUGAAUCCACACUGGAACGAGACCUUCCUCUUCGAAGGUUUCCCCUAUGAGAAGGUGGUGCAGCGAGUGCUGUACCUCCAGGUCCUGGACUAUGACCGCUUCAGCCGUAAUGACCCCAUAGGGGAGGUGUCCAUCCCCCUCAACAAAGUGGACCUCACCCAGAUGCAGACCUUCUGGAAGGACCUGAAGCCCUGCAGCGACGGCAGCGGAAGUCGAGGAGAGCUGCUUUUGUCCCUGUGCUACAACCCCUCUGCCAACUCCAUUGUUGUGAAUAUCAUCAAAGCGCGGAACCUCAAAGCCAUGGACAUUGGGGGGACAUCAGACCCCUAUGUGAAGGUGUGGCUGAUGUACAAGGACAAGCGGGUGGAGAAGAAGAAGACAGUAGUCAUGAAGCGGUGUCUCAACCCUGUCUUCAAUGAGUCCUUCGUCUUCGACAUCCCCACAGAGCGGCUGCGUGAGACAACCAUCGUCAUCACUGUCAUGGAUAAGGACAGGCUGAGCCGAAAUGAUGUCAUUGGCAAGAUCUACCUAUCCUGGAAGAGUGGCCCUGGUGAGGUGAAGCACUGGAAGGACAUGAUCGCCCGCCCACGGCAGGCAGUGGCACAGUGGCACCAGCUAAAGGCCUGAGGUGCUGGAACCUGAGCACCGGCUGGUCCCCUGGCUCACAGCUCUGCGGGGCUCCCAGCGCGGGCGAGGAGCCGAGGUACCAGUGGGACAUGAUGGCCCUGUGAUCAGAGGGGGGGCCAGAGGUGCCCAGGACCACAGCAGCUGUGACAACACAGUGCUUGGGGACCUAGUACAAGAAGGAGUGGUGCCCCUGUCCCCACAACCAUGCAGGACUUCUCCAAGUGCUUCCAGCCACUGGCCUCCUGCCAGACCUCCUGUGCCCCCAUGGUCCCUCCCUGCAUGAGAGGGGUCACCCCCUGGCCUCAGCCCCUUCCCACUCCAUAAAACCUCUCCGAGCUGCUGGCAUCACCCGAGCAGGGCAGUUGGAGCCUGUGUCCUGCCCCCAGGGGUGACGGCAACAGUGGUCUCCCCCUGCCCUGCCUCUCCCUGUUCUCCCAGGUCCCCACAGCCUGACAGGUCAAGCCAGGCAGUCCCCAGAAGGGCCAGCAACCCUAGGUGCCAUGCCCUGGCCCUGCGGUGGCUCCUGGAAUUGGAAGCCAUGACACACGGUGCGUUAGCCAAAGCAGGCUCAUUUAGUUAUUUCCCUCAGUUGAGAUUGUUGCUUUACUUCUUUCUUUGGGCUCGGUGAGAGUGUGACUUCAAUAAGCCUGUACUUGCCCAGCCAGCAGUAGGAAGCAAGCCAUGGCUGGCCUCAGCCCAGGGACCCACAGCACCCAUGCAAGCCCCAAGGAUACCUGCUACAUCCUGCACCCCCUGAGGCCUCACCAGAGGCAGCGAGAUAGCAGUCUUUCAUUAUCCCCACCCUGGGCACCUUUCCAGCCAAGCUGGGCAAGGGCUGAACUCUGAGGCAAGCAGCAGCACUCUGGCAGAGGCUGGCUCCCAGAGCAUCCCCUGCGCAGGGUGCCAGAGGGGCACUGUGCUGGGGUCUCAGUGCUGAAAGCUGUUGGAAGAAGGGGAUGGCUCAAGAACCAUUACCCACAUCCCGUCCCCACAGUGCUAACCCCCAGGCUGGACUCUCCCCACCUCCAGUUCAGCUCCCACACAGAUUCAUGUGCCGGAACCCUGGAGUGACUGAAUGAUGGAUGCCAGGGCAGCGGCUUCUCCUCAAGAUGGGGUCAGACUGGCCAUGGGAGCUAGCAUAGCACUUGGGAUAGGCCCUGGAAAGUGAUGGAUGGGGCUGCCCUGCAUCAGGCUGAUCCUGCAGGGCUGGUGAUGCUGGGGUAGCUAGUUGGUCCUCCUCAGCACCCCACUCAUGGACUGACAGGGUCAGCUAUGACUACCCACCAGGGACUUGGGGCUAGGGUCAUCCUGACUCCCAUGUGGGAGGCUGGCUGGUGGUGGAGCAGGUCCAUCAGGACCACAGCAGUGCUGGAUGUGACACAUGACCUUCCGGACCCAUUGCCAUUCCCAGCAGAUGACAUCUCUGCAUCUUGUUUUCCCUCAUGACGGUCCAUUGCUUCACCAGGAUUGGCACCAGGGAAGAAGGAUGUUGCUGACAGAGGCUGCAGAUGCUGAUGAGCACUCAUGUUCCCGUGAAGCCUGGUCAGGGUGACACGGAGAACCCUAUACACUUCAGCCAAGCUCCUUGAGACCAGAUGCAGCUGGCAAAGGGCACCUGCUAGCACCUGGCCUUGAGGGUGGAGGCUCAUUGUGGAGGGCAUCAGCUAAGCCAUCUCCAGGGGCAGCCAGAGGCGGGGAAGCGAGAGGCAGGCAAGGGUGCUAUGGCCUCAGCAGCAGUCUCAGGUCAUGGCAUCUCUGAGCCCUUGCAGACACUGGGACACCCGGAGUAAGCCCAAAGCUGGCUGUGUCUCCAAGGAAGCCAGGUUCUUACUGGCUGGUGCUCUCUCAUCACUAGUCUUCCUGCUUUCCUGGGCCUCGCCAGCAGCAGCAAGCACCCCGAUGCCAUGGAAUGCCAGCUCCCUGCCCAUCCAGUGGUGCUGGGGAGGUCACCAGGCAGUGGAUGCAGCUCUGCUGAGGCCCUGGCAAGCUACACCAUGCAGCCAGUCACGGGGUAUCCCACAGCGUGGAGCAAGCCAUGUGCACCUGAGCUGGGCUGUGCUUCCAACCAGCCCAGGUCAGGGACGCCCUCAGCGCAAUGCAAGGACCACUGCUCUCACCAGCCUGCCCAGACAGUGUGCCGGACAGGCUGUGUACAGUCGUAAGCCCGUUUUUUUAGAGCAUCAGAGUCUUUUAUCUUGUUGAUGUUAUCCCUGCGUUCCAGUGUUUUCUAGCCCAUGUACAGCACCUAGUGCUCUUUGCAACAGGUGCGUUUUUACAAGCAUCACAACAGCUCUCUUUGGGGCUAAUGGGCCAGGGGCUUUGGAUGACUGAGACUCUGCUGCACCGUUUCCCAUUGCCUCAGGAGCAGCUGGGCAGGGUUUAUUUUUUGUUGACCCGGCAGGCAGGGAGAUGCUGCAUCAAAUCUGCCCCAAAGUGGGAGCAGAGCAGCUGUUUUGGAGACCCAUUUGUGCCCUUGUGAACAAACCUGGGCAGGGUGACAGCACUUUUUAUUUAUGUAUCCUGCCCCAGCAGCCCUUGGCCAGCCCACAGACAUCUCCAAGGACCACCAAAGUACCCCUUGCAAAGAGCUGGGGCAAACCUGGGCAUCACUCAGCACUGGCUCCUGACUGGGGCUGGCAGGAAGUGAGCGGACAAGGCUGGACAACCUGCUGGCACUGCAACUGUCCCAAGGACUGUUUGGACAGCCAGGGAGGGCUUGGCUGCAACAGAAGUCCUUCUUUAGACAGUCUUGGACAACCUGGAGAGAAGUAAUAAUACCGCUGCUACAGUAAUAAUAAUGCUUUUAGGGACAUUUGUAUUUUUAGUAUAUUCUCUCUUUUUUAACCUAAAAGAAGAGACUUACGAUGCUGGGGAAGGGGCCAGUGGCUGGGCAGGCAUGGAAGCCAGUGCCAGGCUCAUGCACCAAACUACAGUGCUGGGCCACACUGGAGCAUCCCUGGGUCCCUGGGUCCCACUGGGCAUGGGGUUGGCCUCAGUUGGAGCUGACCUGAAUCCAUGCUCCCACCACAGGAUGCACCAAGGACAGCAGAGCCCCUGGCACCUGGGAUCCCCCUGCUGCAGCACCCUUGGGCACCCCAUUGCUCCAGGAACCAUUUCUUUUCUACGGCUGGCUUCCCAGGAGUUGUGUGUUCAUUUUUAACCUCUAGAGAUCUUAGCUGUAUCUUGUUUAGGUAUUGAUCUUCGUGUGACGGUAACGUCCAACUGAUGUACAAAACAUGGGAAAAAACAGAAAAAAACACAGGGAAAGACAAAAUCCCAGAUUGAACUGUGGAGAGUGGGUGGUCAGAGUGAAGGGGGGCAGCCCAGCUGGCAUCAGCUGCCACCUCGUUUCUGCUGAGUUGGCUUAUAUAACAUGUCAGACAUGCAGCCUGACAUAUUUUAUAAUAAAAAAGAGAGAAAACACCCACAUUCACAGGGCAAUUGUGGGGCCAAAACUGAAGGGCAGAAGAUUAACUCAGCCCAUCACUGGCCUGGCCAGAGCAGAAGUAGGGGGUGUUUCUUUGCAGGAUCCUAUUUUUGGGGAGUGGGGACCCUCAUUUUCUGGAGGCAGCCCCUGUUCUCAGUAAUAAAGGAGUCAGC